UCUGGUCACACUGCGCAUAGCCACAAAAUGGAAAAGUAAUCAUAAAUAAAAAUAGGCAAUUUGAGACGGCAGUUUAAAACAGUUUAAACGCAACGCACGCACACCCACUAAUGUGCAUUUACGAACAGAGCCAAGCAACGUUUACGCUUACGUUUAGUAGCGCUGCAGCGACCAGUGCGAAACAAGCCCAGCAACAAACAACAAACACAACAACAAAACUAAAUUCAUCAUCAUCGGCAGCCAAUCGAAAUCUGGAGUUGAGUUGAGUCCGAGUUGAGCACGAGUUGAGCCCGAGUUGCGUUGCCAUGUCAGCUCCACUCAUACGAAAUGUGCCGUAUUUGAAGCAGCAGCUAACGGCCCUGCUGCACAACACAUCGCCGGUGAUAACGCUCAUCUGUCUGGUGACCACCUUUGGCUAUCUGCUCUCCUUCUCCGAGAAGGCCGUCCUUCUGCUCAGCGUUACGCCCGGCUCCUUUCUGCCCAAUGGCAAAUUUUGGAUAUGGACAGCGUUCACGUUCUGCUUCAUCGAGCUGCACUGGUGGGAAGUUAUUGUCGAUGUGGUCACCGUUGGGCUGUGUGGCAAAAUGCUGGAGCCCCUCUGGGGUCAAUUCGAAAUGUUCAAGUUCUUUGCGCUAAGCAACUUUGGCGUCUCGCUGCUGACGACCCUUUACUAUCUGUUCUACUAUAUAGUCACGAGGAAUCCAACAAUACUAUUUGAUGUGCAUAUCCAUGGCUUGGCCGGCUACGUGGCUGGCAUCUGUGUAGCAGUGCGGCAAAUAAUGCCCGAUCAUCUAAUCUUCAAGACACGCUACGGACGCCUGACCAAUCGCAAUGUGCCACUGACGGUGCUCAUCCUGGCCAUCAUUGGCUGGGCCAUUGGCAUGCUGGAUGGCACAUAUCCGGCUAUGUUCGCAUCGGGGGCCAUUGUCUCCUGGAUCUAUUUGCGCUUCUAUCAGCACCAUCCGAACGGGCGUGGCGACAGCUCCGAGAGUUUCACCUUCGUCAGCUUCUUUCCAAAUGUGUCGCAGCCGUUUAUCAGCAUUCUCGUCAAUCCCAUUUACAAUUGUUGUCUGCGUGUGGGCGUGGUCAAAACGCCCACGCCGCUGCGUUCCAUUUCGACGGCCAGCUUGACGUCGGUCUCCGUGCAGAUGCCCGGAGUGGAUCCACAUGAUAUUGAGCGCAGGCGACAAAUCGCGCUCAAAGCUCUCAGCGAGCGACUUAAGGCCACGGACUCCACGCGACAUGCUCCGCUGCCGAAAUCGUUUCCACAGCAGCCGCAUCAGCAACAGCAGCAGCAUCAGCAGUCGCAGCACAAGCAUCACAGUCACAGCCAUGGUGCUGGGCAUGGACAUAGUCAUAGCCAUGGGCAGGCACAUGGACAUGGACACAGUCAUGGCAGUCAUGCGGCGCAGGCAGCGCAGGCAGCGCAACCAGAUUUCGUCAAACCAGACGCACUGCAGCAGCAGCAGCAGGUGCCGAUAACGACGGCGCGGUCGGAACCGCGCAUGAUAAGCACGAUGAGCACCAUUGCAAUACCAAUGCCGGCGCCGCCGCCCAAGCAGGAGGUGGCGGAUCCAAAGGAGGAAGAGGAGGAGGAGAAGCUGCUGCUGUUGCCGCCGCCAGCUGCGAUAAGUCCGCGGAACACGCUCAUCGAUCUGGAUGGGGGAGAGUCAGCCUAGACAGUUUAUUACUUUAACAUAAAUGAAUUUGUUUGGAUAUUUGCAAUGAUCUGCUAAUGAUGAUUACGAUGAUUAAUAUUAUUAUUAUUAUUA